GUGGUCGAUAACCGAUAGUGCAUCGUUCUUUUCGAAACGAGAAAUUGAAGUUCGAUAUCUGUAAAAUAAUUCGUCAAACGCUGCUUUGAGAUAUCGGAUUCUUCGCGGUAAAUUUGUUAUCCCUUUAUAAGCACGAGCUGGACACGAAUUUGUAAAACGAAGCAUGCAUCGUUUUAAACAAUUUCAUUUUAAAUUAUGCAACAAAUAUCCUCCAUUUUGAUGAGAAACAAACGCUAUGAGUUAGUAGAAAUACGAGAAAUACUGUAUAUGUGUAUUUAAUUCCUAAAAGAUAAUAAGUGCCGCAUUUACGCAUUUUGAUUUACUAUCAUGGAAAGUAAAUCAAUAACAUUGCCUAACAACGGAAAAUCUGCUACAACAGAUGACUCCAAAAGCGAGAUGCAAAUGGUACUUGCUAAAAUGAUGGAAGAAAAGCACACUUAUACUUACAAGAAAUUAGUGGUACCUAUGUCAAUGAGAAGUAUUUAUUGGAAAUUUUUUGGAUUUCCAGCUACGGAUGAUGGAGAUAUUCUCACUAAAGUAAAAAUUAUUUGUAUAUUAUGCAAAACACAAAUUGCAUAUAAUCGUAACACUAGUAAUUUACGCAUGCACUUGCAAAAUAAACAUGCUCAAGAAUUGUUAGAAUUAGAAGCUACAAAUCCUCCACGUAGACAGGUUCUUUCUCAGGAAACAAAAGAGCGUAGAGCACAAAAGAGAUUACUGAAGGCAGGUUUAACCUCUGCUCAGCAUAUUUAUACUACCAAUGCAGACGGUACUGUCCAAAUAGACGGAGAUAUUCAGUUUGUGACCGACCCAAAUAUAAGUUUAUCCAACAUAGAAGAUGACAUUACAAUUGGUCAACCGUUAAGAGUUAUGAUAAAAAGUAAUUCUAAUAUCGGAAACAAUAGUCAAAAUGUAGCCUUUCUAAUGCCGGAAGAUAAUUCUAUCAAUCAGUCGAGUAUCGAUGGAAAAACUGUAUCCGAUGCUAUAGCCGAAUUCAUCAUAAUGGACUUACAAUUACCAGAAGUAGUGGAAGGUCGAGGUUUUCAAAGGCUAGUUGCAACUUUACGUUCCCCUUGCGAAAUCCCUAGUAAAAAUAAAUUAGAAGAAGAAAUAAUACCAAAGAUUUACGAUACAUUUAGAGAAUCGGUGACAACAAGUUUAUCUUGUAUUGCUAGCGAAGUGGGUUUGACGAUUGAAGAGUGGAGAUCAAAUUCCGACGAACGUUUUGUUACUAUCUCUGUGUACUAUCAAAAUUCUGGCGAACCAGUUUUAGAAUGUAAAGUAUUAAGUACAAUUCAUGCACCCUUGGAUUGGGAGGAAUCUCAGUGGGGUACUACGAUAGAUUCUUUGUUACUCGAUUGGGAUUUGAAAAUGGAGAGGAUAACUGCAGUAGUAAUAGCCACAUCUAGAACAGAAUUAAUUACUGCUUUAACAGAUCGAGGAUUAACGUUGGUUCCUUGUUUACUUUAUACGUUGCAAGUAUGUGCUCAAGCUUGUUUCGAGAAUCCAGAAGUUAGCACUAUAUUGUCUAAAUGUAGAGCAGCUAUCGGAGCUAUUAUAAGUCACCCAGCCGCGUUUGCAGCUUUAGCUAUGCAAGAACAAUUAUUAGAGCUAGAGGAAAACACUAUGCUGAUGGACUAUCCUCCUGUAUGGACAUCUACAUACAACAUGCUUGAACAAAUGGUCCUACGUAGGAAUAUAGUAACAUCAAUUUUGGAGAGCAUGGAAGGUGUUAAUCAAGAAGUAGUCGAUCUAACAAAUGACCAGUGGAAAGUUGUAGAAGAUCUUGUAAAUGUCCUUGAACCGUUUAAAGUUACUAUUAUGACGCUUAGCGAAGAAAAAAUGCCUUUAAUAUCCUUAUUAAAACCAUUACUUUGGCAACUUGUAUCUUCUCAUCUUAAAAUAAAAGAGUCUGACAGCGAUACAGCAAGAUCUUUUAAAGAAUCUUUGUCCGAUAUGCUUUGUGAUAGAUAUGCAGACUACAAUGUUACCCUUUUACUUCAAAUUGCAACUACUCUAGAUCCAAGAUUUAAACAGCUACCAUAUGCUACAGAAGAAGAUAAGAACAUAGUUGCGACUCCGAUAAAAGAAAUGUUGACAAAACUAAUACAAGAAGAAUCUGGAGACAAUAUGACUAUUAAAGUUGAAGAAGAUCCUCCAAAUAAAAAAGUCCGUUUAUCAGGCAUGGAACUUUUACUUGGAGGAUUAUGUUCAACAAAAAAUAGAAUGCCUGCAGAAGAGAAGGCCGAUCUUGAACUUGUACAGUAUCAUUCAGAAUCGACCGCGCCCCUUGAUUACUGUCCUCUUCAGUGGUGGGCUAAAAUUUCUGCAAAGUGUCCGAAUUUAGGAAAACUGGCUUGUAGAUAUAAUUGUGUACCUGCAUGUUGCGCACCACCUGCUAGAAUCCCAGCAGAAGUGCAAGUUUUAUACGAUACGAGGCGAGCUGCGUUACCUCCUCAUUUGAUAGACAAAUUACUGUUUCUCCAUGGUAAUCAUACUGUUUGAGAAGAAAAUUAAAUUAUGCUGAAGUUUUUUGAAGGUACUACUUUCUACCACGCGAAACAAUCUUAAAAAUGUUAAUAGUUUUUUUAUAUGAUUUACAUUAUAUAAUGCACUUUUCAUAAGAAUUAUCUAAUAGUAGAGUUUAAAAAAUGUUUGAGUACAUUUUCUAAACGUUUUGAGACAGUGGAUGCCGACAUGAAUUUAACGGGGAUGCAGGUACUGCAAAAAUAUAAGUUUAUUUUCAUCAAACUUUAACAUAAAUUUCGUACUUUCAAACUGUAAGAAGAGAGUGUAUGAAGGUUUAAAAGUAUCCAAAGAGCUAUACAAUCUUAUGAACUUUACUGUUUCACGAAGAAUUUUGGAUAUCGAUCUUGUAUAGAGAUUUUUAAAAAAAACCAGAAGAUAUAAUGAUAGUUAAGGAAAUAAAAAGAUAAUCUUUAUAAAAAGUAAUAAAAGAAAUAAUAGUUUUCCAUUUUUAAAACGUAUAAGAUACUUAAAGGUAUGAAAACUUUAAAAUGUUAUGUAUCAUUGUGAAGCAUCGAAAGUAACGUUUUAAUUCAAUGAGUAUUCCGUUCAAAUAAUUCAAAUCCCGAUUUUUUAUUUAUUGUUUCUAUUAUUCUCAAAUAAUUCUUAUUGAUGAUAAUUAACAUAACAUUGCAACCAUAAUUCAAUGCAUAAUUUACAAUAGAUUGUUUAACGUAAUGAAACGCUAAACUCGUCUGUAUACUUAAAAAAACUGUUAGAUUAAUGACACUUCGAACAUCAUAAGUAUAAGACGAUAAUAACGGGAAUAAGUAUAGUCAAGAAAUUAAUGUAUAAAAUUAUUAAAUUAUUUCCGACUUCUAUUUUUGCAUUAAUGCACUUUAAAGAAGUGUAUUCUUGUGAUAUUAACUUAUAUUUUUAAAUACUAAGUAGUACAA